UGUAUGGCAACUAUCUAUUACCGAACGUAAGCAGACGAUUCCGGAAUGCUGUCAAUAAAUCCUUGAAACAACAUUUUAUUGGAGUGAAUUGAGAUUUAUGCCUUAGGGAUAAGUCAUUGGAAGUAAAAUUUCUUGUUAAGAAAAGCUAUGAAUUCUAACAAUUACGAAGAAAAUUGCAAUGUUGAUGACGAUUAUAUCUACCCACCUGAAAUUUUGAAAAAAUUAGACUACAAGAAAAACUACGUGAAUUUCAAUCCUCCUAUUUCUAUAUUAAACCCUGGAGAAAAUUUAAUACUAAGACCUCUUUGUCUAAAUGAUUAUAAUAAAGGUUAUUUAGAUUUAUUAGCUCAACUUACAAGAGUAGGAGAGGUGUCUGAACAAACAUUCAAAGAAACAUUCCAAGAAAUGAAGUCUGCAAAAAAUAGAUAUUUCAUUACUGUUAUAGAAGAUUUAACUACGAACCAGAUUAUAGGCACUGCUACAUUAUUUGUUGAAAGGAAAUUUAUACACUCUGCUGGUUUGAGAGGAAGAUUAGAAGAUGUUGUAAUCAGUAAUGACUAUAGAGGCAAACAAUUGGGUAAAUUGGUUGUUAUCACAAUAAGAUUGCUAGCAGAACACAUAGGAUGCUAUAAAAUGUCGCUUGACUGUAAGGACAAAAUGGUGAAAUUCUAUAACCAGUUUGGUUUCAUUUGUGAAAGUGGCAACAGCAACAUGAUGACUAUUAGAUUCAAGGAGUAAAGAGGAUAAUUACGGGUUGUUAUUUAUUAUACCACACUAUGAUGAACAAUGAGAAACAUCCUUGCGCACAAAAUUGAAGGAUUGUACUUUAUUUUUAUUGUUGAAAGUCAUUAUUUUUCUUAGUUGAUUUGCAUUUAUUUUUCUUACCACUGUUUGUAUUAGGAAGUAUUUUACAACAAAUUACUGUACUUAAAUGUUUUUGUUUUUUUUUUCAAAAAGUUUAAAAAUAUUGGAUAUUAAAUGGUUGUUGAAAGUAA